UGUUAGGUUGAUUUUCGUGGCAAGAAUUGUAGCACAAAUUGCUGAUGCAUCUUCAGUCAGAAUCCAUUUCCGUUGCUUUUCUCUAACAAAAAAUCGAAACACCGAAUGUGUGUUUAUAAUAAUUUAAAACUGUUGUCAACAUUUUCCAACAGUUGUUUGCCAGACCCACAACAGUUGCAAAUUUGCCAAACUUAAACAGUUGUAGCCCAUGUUUUUGUUUGUUGGAGUUUGUUAUCGGUGUGAAAAUACCUUUUAUUUCCACGCGAUCAGCAACGGAUCACUGCGAUUGUACCGCAAACGUGCGAUCUACGAAGCGAUCGGUCGCCCUUGGAACACGCAUGCGAAGGAUCGCUGCGAUCGGUCGCUCGUGUGUGAGACCCAAGGAGGUUAGAAUCUGAGGAUGACGACCAAGAAGCCCCUUGCAAGAUGCCGUAAACGUGAAGCCAGCACCGCCAUUUGUUUGCGCUCAAAACAUUGCCAGUAGCGUGUUUGUAUUGAUGUGUUGUUCAUUGAAAUAUUAACGUAAACGUGGGAAAAAUGGUUACAUGUGUUGCGUCCGGAUGCACAAACAGAAGCGGAAAGUCAGCUGUUACUUUCCACAGUUUCCCGAAGGACAGCGCAAGGAAAAGCUUAUGGAUCAAGGCAUUGCGACGAAUAGACUGGAAACCAACCAAACACAGUAGAAUAUGUUCAGUCCACUUCCGAGAAGCAGACAUUGAUCGAACGUCUUUAUCAAAUGUUCGCAUUAGAUGCGGCGCCGUGCCAUGUAUUUUCUUAUCCUUUCCGUCGUACAUGCAGAACAAAGAAGAGCCAUUGCCAGCAGAAAAUGAUGAAUGUGACUACAGAAAUGAAGUGGAAUCCCAGAGGUGUAAAAGUAAUGGAACAAAAAUGGCAGAUAUGGAAAUGGACCCAUUGGUAAAUGUUAAAAAAGAGGUGGAUCCAUUAGCUACUGAAGAGCAGACUGAUACUCAUCUGCCCAAAACGCACCAUGUUUGGCUUCAUGAUGUGAAAUUAGAACCUAUUAAACAAGAACCAGAAUCAGAGCCUGAAGAUAGUGAAAAUAAUUAUUGCAUUAGUGAUAAUCCAUUGGAUUUCCCAAUAAAAGAGGAGAGCGAGGCGAAUGACUGUGAGAGUAUUUGUUCCAAUCCUCAACAGAGGAAUAAUGCAGAUGAAGAUUUUCCACCAGAGUAUUUGUCUCUGUAUGAUAAAGUGAAAGUGGAAAUUACUGAAGACCAUAUUUCACCUACGAUAGAACAGAAUUUACUUAAUGUUGGUACAGGUUGUCUCAGUACAGAUGGUGUUAAUGCAGAUGAAACUAACGCAAAUAGUGUUGAUUCAGCUGAUACUGGACAAGCAGAUAUACAACAAUGGAAGUCUGUAGUAAGUCAAGCUGACAGUUUUUCGUGUAGGGAUUGUGGUGAUAAUUUCACAAAGCCGGAGGACUUGUCAAAUCACAGGCGCAAACGUGAUGAGCCCAUUACUUGUGAAUUAUGUGGUAAAAAUUUUAAAUCUGAGUGUGUUCUUGCAACACACAUUCGUAUUCAUACAGGGGAGCGCCCUUUCCAAUGCAAAAUAUGUGGAAAAACAUUUUUACGUAUAUGUUAUCUUCUCAAACAUCGACGCAAAAGACAUGGCUGUAUUCAACCAGGUAUUCCUUGUAAGAUUUGUGGAAAAGUUUUUUCUAAUUUUGGUCUUUUGAGUGUUCAUACACGUGCACAUUAUAAUGUACCAAAGGUUCUCUCAUGUGAACAAUGUGGGAAACACUUCAGACGAACAAAAUAUUUGAAUCGCCACAAGAGAUGUACUCAUAGUGUUGAAAAAUUGCGGUGUGAACUUUGUGGAGAAGUUCAGGAGACACGGACAGCGUUGAUAUCCCAUGUUGUUAAGCACACAGGUGCUUUGCCAUUCAAUUGUGCUGAGUGUGAUCAGGAAUUUUCAUCUACAUUACAGCUGGCUCGGCACAGUCGAAUCCAUAAAGGUGAACUGCCUUUUGCCUGCAGUGACUGUGAACUGUCUUUCAUGACAGGGGAACAACUGCGGUCACAUAAACGGUACCACACGGGUGAGCGCCCAUUUUGUUGUAUCUUCUGUGGGAGAGCUUUCAGGAAUGAACCAGAUCUUAUUGUUCAUGUUUAUUCACAUACUGAUCCAUAGACUGAUAUGCUUUCCGUGACAAGCUUGUUCAGUAGUGUCGCUGUAUGUCAGAGCAUUACAACAUUGCUAACUAUAACUUUGAUGAAUUUAGUGGUAUAUGAUAGUGUAGAUCAUCAUCAUUAUCAUCAUCAUGACACCUUUUCAAUUUGAAUCAAAACCUGUAGUUAACUUCUUCUGAUUGAGGGCUGACUCCAUUAAAGAUUUCCAUGUCAUUGUAUGUGGUACAUUUUGUAUGUCGUGCAAAGCAUGGUUCUCUUAACACUACAAAAAGGAGAAUCCCUUUUCAAAGUGUUGUGCAAUAAUAACCGUUUUUGGAUUGUGAGCUCCAAAAUAUUGCCCUUUUUUUCAUUUAUGACAUACGUGUAACUUGUAUAGUGAACCACUGAAAAGCAAGGAAUAAAUUUUUUUCUAUAUGGUUUUGAUGAGAGACUCAGUCAUAUUUGUCACAAAAGGAAAUGUUUUUACAUCCAUAUGUGUGUGCAGUAUUAAGAUAAUUAAACUCUUUUAUUAGAAGUUUUGCAUUAACAUGUCAGACUUGGACACAAACUUCUACUCACUUUUUUUGCCACAGUAUAUAGGUGAGAAGUACUCAUUUAUUACAAUUUUUACUAUUGAAGCAAAUCAUUCACUCAAAGCAAGUCAUUCACUAUUUACAAAGAAUUUUGUCUGUAAAGUUAACUUAAGCUGUACUGGUGCUUGUUGUUUAGAUACAAAAUGUGUGGAUCAAUGUUCUUAAACUGGUGUUUACAUGAAAUAUACAUGGAUAGAGGCUGUAUCGUUACAGGCGUCAAUGAUGCCCUUUGAAAGCAUUUGGAGGGGAAAAGUGAUCUAUUUCCUCUGUUCAUUGUGUGUGUACUGGUAGCGUUGUUACAUGAAGUGACAUGUGUAAUGAAUUAAAAGUUAGGCUCAUUUAAUA